CAGAUCUUCUGAGUCCCGUCCCGUGGACGGUACGGAGCCGCCGGUGGAAGCUACUGCGGAGGUUGUGCGCCUUGUGGUUGACGUGGCCGUCUGCGUUGUUGGAUUCUGUGACCGCCGGUUUGGCGGGUGGUGCUGGUUUGGUCCGUCCUUGAGAGACAUUCCAUUGGAGUUGCGGUGUGGAAACUAUAUACCUGUCACGGGUGUUUAGUGCCUUCCGAGUCGGUGGUCCUGUCUCGGGAAUACUUCAAGGUCUGGAGCAGUAUUGGAGUUUGGCACCGAUCGCCGAGGUUUGCUGGGCGGCGGCAGGUCUCCGCCGGCCAUGGUGAAGCGGCGCUGAGCCGGGGGCGCCCCUGAAGCCCCGGCAGCGGCCCCACGGCAAGGCUGGCCGAAGCGCCCCCCGGCGCCGGCCAGCUGGCCCCGGAGUCCCAAGGGGCCAGACCCAAGAUGGGCCGGGGCAGCAAGAAGUCCUCCUCUUCGACGGCAGCGGCGAGGGCCAAGAGGGCAGCGUCCCAGCCGCAGCGGAGCAAGCCCAGGGCCCCCCGAGGGUCCGCCAACUCUGGGGUGCUCAGCUCGCUGAACAUGGUGCAGCUGUCGCUGCUCAACAGCGGCCUCCUGCCUCUGCCGGACGAGGCGUCCGCCUUCAUCCCGACCAGGCCCAUCGAGCUGGCCAGGUUCCCCAAGCACAUCACCCUCUUCAAGAAGUACGAUGUCUUGCUCAAGACCGAGUUUCUGCUGGCGACGAAAGGCGAGGCCCACUGCAUGCGACACGCCAGCAAGCCGGCCAACGAUGCCAAGAACACGUACAAGAAACUGCUGCCCUACGACUACAACCGAGUGGUCCUGGACACCCUUCCCGACAUUCCCGACUCGGACUACGUGAACGCAACCCACAUCGACAGUAUUCUAAAGCCAAACGCCUACAUCGCAGCCCAAGGUCCCAACGAGGACACCAUCAGCGACUUCUGGCGGAUGGUAUGGGAAAAGAAGUGCUACGUCGUCGUCAUGCUCACCAAGGUGUUCGAUUUCAUACGGGUGAUGUGCUGCCAGUACUGGCCCAUGGAGCUGGACAAGCCGGAGAAGUACGGUCUAAUCGAGGUCACGCUCUUGUCCGAGGAUACCAUGGCCAACUUCGUGAUUCGGACGCUCCGGUUACGCAGGGGUGAGGAGGAGCGCGAUGUGUUCCAGCUGCACUUCACCAGCUGGGCCUCACACACGGAGCCUUUCACCAACGCCCUGCUGGACUUCCGGCGAAGGGUGCGGACCUUUACCGACCGGUGGUCGGCCAUAGGACCCACCGUCGUUCACUGCAGCGACGGUUGCGGCAGAACGGGAACCUACAUGUGCAUCGACGCCAAUCUGGAGCUGGCGGACGAAGACGGCGUCUACGACGUGUUCGGCUACACCAAGAAGCUCCGGGCGGCGCGCAAGGGCAUGGUCGAAACUGUGGAAGCGUACAAGUUCGUCUACGAGACGCUCAACGAGGCGUACGUGUGUGGGAAGACGUGGUUCCCGGUGUCGGAGUUGUCGGAGCAGCUCAAGUUCAAGUCGACCAAGAAUCCGGUCACCCGAGUGAACGAGUAUCAGAGGGAGUACGAGAAAAUCUGCAAGAUGUCCUCCAAGCUGUCGAUCGGCGACUGCGCCGGGGGACACCGACCAGAGAACAGGGAUAAGAAUCGGGACGUGGCCACCGUGCCCCCCGACAACUUUAGGCCCUACCUUACAUCGUUCCAGAGCAACGACAACACAGACUACAUCAACGCAGUCUUUGUGGAUGGCUACAGUCGGUCGAAGGAGUACAUCGUGACGGAGUGGCCCAUGGUGCGAACCGCCCAGGACCUGUGGUCUCUGGUCUACGACCACGACUGCAACUCCGUCAUUGUGCUGUGCAGCCCACCGGCGUCAAAUGCGUACCCUUCCUUCUGGCCGACGGAGAAGGAGAAGCGGAAGAAGUACGGGCCCGUGUUCACGGUGGACGUGGUGUCCUACAACCACUACCCGAAGAUCAAGACGUGGAUCUUCAGGAUAAACAAGAAGGUGGUGUCGCUGACGGAGCUGAUGGCCGGCGUGAAGGCGGAGCCCAAGACGACGCAGAUCUUCCAGAUCACCUGCUGGCCCGAGCGGCACAAGGUGCCCACGUCCACCAACUCGCUCGUCGAGCUCAUGAACAUGGUGGAGCGCUGGCGACAGAGGACCACCUACGGACCCGUGCUCGUCAUAUCCACGAACGGCAAGUGCCGAGCCGGCGUCUACUGUGCGGCCAACGUGGCGAUUGAACAAGUCGUAGAGCAUGGAGAGGUUGAUGUCUUCCAAGCUGUCAAAACCGUUCGUCGCCACCGACCGCAGCUUGUCGAAAACAUGACCGAAUACAAGUAUUGCUACGACCUUAUUCAGCACUAUGUGCUGCACUAUCUGAACAAGGAGUGAGUCCUCGCCUUUUGGAGGGAGUAACUUGCCGUGCUUUCAAAGUCCACAUUCCAGAAGAAAACAGUCACACAUAACACACGACCCUACCCCAACUCCCCGGGAAACCACGUCCUGCCAUGGUAACGACAUUAGCCAAAGCCUGUCUCCGAGAUCGUUCCGCGGUCCCAAGUUCACUUCCAAUGGUGACAAUUUCAUUUUCGGUUUCGUACCGGUUCGGUGCGUGCAGUGCAACGAGAAGCACGAAACCGCUGCGACGCAGGGUCACGCGGUAUAGCGUACGGCCAAUCACAGAAGACCUUCCGCAUGGUACCCCAAUGUGAGAAAACAUCACAGACUUCCUGCGAAAGCGGAUUGGUUGUAAAACUGCUUCAGCGCUAACAAGGCUCGAGAUGUGGUUGUAGUGUGUUAUCGAUUUUUCGAGUUCAGCUGUGCGAAUCGUUUGAUGCGACUGAUUAGCAGACUUUUUAAUGCUAUUUGAAUAAGUGACGGUGUCUCAAGGGUUGCCACAUGGUAUGGAAAGAUGAUCGAGUUGGAAAACAGCAGAUUAAGGGCUGCCCAAACAGGAUAUGUUUUCUGCAGUUCUUCCUCCGGUCCCAAUCCGCUGUAAAAACUUUUUUUUUUUUUUUUUUUUGCGAGAGGGGUUUUAAUUUGCUUUUGUCCUUGGGCAGAAGAGACUCGUAGCGUGCUAAUCACGCGGGUACGGGGAGCCCCUCACACGAUUUACUCGCUGUCGUCAAGGCCUUCGCUGUUGCUGUCAGUCCUCAAUCUACCGAAGCAGGAAAGGGGAGGAAACAACAGCGAAAAGGCAAGGAGGAAAGCCGUGCUGUUUACGUGGUUGAUGUCCCCAAUGAAAAAAGACACGCGCGCCGUAACUUUCGCGUUUUUUUUUUUUUUUUAGAAGCGUGCGUACGUUUUUUGCCGUGCACAGUGUUUGCUGUGUCCUGUUUGGACAGCACUUGACGCUCGCUUAGGAAAGUGUUA